CAGGUCUUCAUUCAAUCAGCAACUGCCGGUGAAAAAGGAAGCAUUUACAAGAGAAAUGGCUACCGAACACGAAGGUGAUAUGAGUGAAAUUUCGAGUCUUACUGACUCCAGCGAUGAAGGAAAGAAGGUAGUAGAAGAAGUGGUCGAAGCGGUGGAAGAAAUCGACAAACCCGCUUAUUCCGACGAGGAUCUUGAAACGUUGGUGGGCUUCAUCCGCGGCAUGAUUAUUCUGUUCGACUACGACGACCAGGACUUUAACGAGGAGGUGUCCGAAACGAUCAAACUGUGGCUGACGGACGUGAACAAUCCGCUGCUGUUUAUCUUUUACGACGGCAAUCGGUUGUCCGCAUCGCUAGCGUUCCCGCUCUGUCCCAUCAACGAUCUGAUGUACUUUAUGCGCGAGCAGGAUCAACUGUUCAAUGUGCUGGAGCGGUUCCACGAUGACAUCAUGUUCGGGACGCUCCACGGAGACAUCGAGGGCUCGCUGCUGGUGAUACUGGAGCAGGUGUAUGGGCCGAUGAUACUGUCGAACGCGGAUUGGUCGGAAAACGUAAAGGCAAACAUCAUCAAUGGGUUUAACGCGUUCAUGACGUACCUUACCGAGCUGCACUACAAGCUGUCGGGUAUUACGCUGCUGUACGUGCCACGCGAGGGUUGCGAUAUGGAGGUGCAGGAGGUAGUGCUGAAUCGUUCGACAAUCAAGCGGCUCGAAGCGGUAGUGAUUGACUGGACGGGGCAAAUUAGGGCUACGCUGAGCGAUACGCAGCAUUUCGUGCCGGACGAUCUCGUGUGCCCAUCGGAUGAGUACAGCUUUUGGCUUUAUCGGCAUGAGGUGCUGUCAGCCCUGCGGCUUCAAUUCAAGGGCCCCAAUGUGCAGCACAUCGUUCGCAUUCUCGAGCUCGCCCAAUCGCUCUACAUAAAGCAUCUCAAGGACGUGCUGGAGGAUUUGGAUAAGGAAAUUGAAAUCGCCGAGUCGAACAUUCCCUUUCUGAAGCUGUUGGUCGAUCCGUGCUUUGCCAUCGGGACGCUGGAGACGGGGGACGACUUUUGUUCGCAGUUGAUCUACGUGAUGCAUAUCAUUCGUUUCAUUGGACAAGAAUCGAGCCAUCUGAACAGGGACGAAAGCAUUACGAAACUGUUUCUGUACCUUAGCAACGAAAUCGUAGCCUGCUGUAUGCGAGGCAUUGACAUCGAGCGUAUUCUUUCGGGAGCACCAAGGUACGGCAUUGAGGUGUGUCGCAUGAAGAUUGAAUGUUGUGAAUCAUACAAAAUCAUUUACGAAGAGAUGUUGGAGCACUUCAAGGAUGAGUUCACGUGGAAUCUGGAUUAUGCCGCCAUCUUCAAUCGAAUCAAUGCAUUUUUGCAACGUCUGCACGAUAUCUUGGAGAUCUGUGACGCGAUGCUCAUCUUCGGCAAGUAUGCGGACAGUACGUCCUAUACCUCGUAUCGCUUCUUUUGCAACAAUGCGGACGAGUUUGAGCGACGCUGUGAGCAGGUGGAGCGUAUCUUUCACAAUGCUCUGGAGACGAUCGAGUCGGUCGGCAGCACGAUACUGGACAUUAACAACAAAGACUGGUACCGGUACGUGGGCGAGUUCCGGGAGAUGCUCAAAAGCCUGGACGACAUUAUAGAAAACUUGCUGUCGAACGUGUUCCUGAUGUCGGAGAAUUUGGAGGAAAAGCUGAACGUGCUCGUGACGCUGCUGAACUUUUACAAGCGGGAAAACAUUCGCGAAAGCUUCAUGCGCAAAAUUGGCGAUGUGUGGGGCAUGCUGAAUGAGGAGAUUAUGCAGCUGUCGAAGGACAUUUCGUCCGGUAUAGCGGAGUAUCCUGCGCUGCUGCCACCGCACGCUGGUCGCUAUGCCGUGCUGAAGAUGCGAUUUGAUCAUCUGACACAUUUGCGCACACUUAUUGUAAACUGUCGCUUCUUUCCGGAGCAUCCCCAGCAGGAGGAGGUGCUGGCACUGUACGAAGCGUGCGAGAAGCAGGUGAAGGCGGCUCUGAAAGGUUUUAGCGAGUCUUGGAGCAAAUCGAUCACCACCGAGAUGGCGUCCUGGUAUCAUCGUAAUCUUAUCUGUAGAAGCAAUCUCCGACCGGGUCUGUUCGAGGUGAACAUCGAGCGUCGGCUGUUGGUGCUGUUCGAUGAGGCGUACUACUUCAAAACGCUCGGCGUGAACAUCCCGAUGAGCCUGGACCUGGAGAAGCAUGAAAACACGCGGCUCACGUUUGACAACGUGCUGCGAUUGGUGCUUUACUUCAAUGGGGUCGUUUCGUCUAUCUCGGACAAGGAGCGGCUGUUCUUUAAGCCCAUGAUACAGCAGACGGAGCGGAAGUUGGAGCCGAUGCGCAGUAAGCUUACCUGGGAGGAAGAUUUGAGUGAGUUCAUCGAGGGGUACGUGGUGAAUGUGCGCGAGCUGCUCGAACUGAUCGAGCUGUACAAGCGCGAGAAUCACAAAAUCGUAUCGCUCGUAGAACGAAUCUACGCAACGAUUUUCGUUCGGUUCGAGCAGCAGCAACAUCCGGUCAGCGUGGCACAGCUAAUGGCCGGUGUGGCCGAGCAGAAGAAGACUGUUUUUACAGAGCUGCUCGAAGUGCUGACGGAGGUGAGCCAGCACAUAUUUAACGUGUACGACAGUCUCGGGUCGAACAUACGCAAGAUGGGCAGCAUUUGGGAGCAGUACUUGCACAAAAUUGACAAGCUGUUGCGGGCGGCCAUCUUCACCUGCACGCUCAACACGCUGCGUGGUGUUCAGACGGCAAUCGAGAACGUCCACGCCAGUCCGAUACUGAUGAUAGAGAUACUGUUGAAGCGGGAGGGCGCCGUUUAUGAGCCGUCGGUGGAAGCGGUCGAGCAGACGCUGCGCCGCCUGGUGGAGGAAGUUUGUCUGACGAUUCGCCCGGUGCCGAGCAUGGCCCGGCGCUACCAGCUGGACAGUGGAGAGCGUAGCUUCUAUCUGCAGCUGCUGGAACAUUCGGAGUACCUGCAGAUCUCGCGUUCGAUCGAUGAAACGAUCAACGACACGGUGCGGCUGCUGCGCACCUACCAGUCCAAGUGGAACGUUUUUCGACCGUUCUGGUGCGUCGACAAGGCGGCGUUCAUUGAGCGCUUCAAGCUGACGGCCAUGACGUCGGAAGCGUUCCAGAAGAACAUUGAAAAGUUUGAGGAGCUGCAAAAUCAGCUCUCGACGCAGGGCGAUUUUGUGGUGUGCCGCAGCGUGGAGAUUGAUGCGCUGAAGCUGAAGUACGCCCUCACCGGUCACAUUGCCGAGUGGCAGACGAACUACAUCGAGUAUCUGAAGUGCAUCGCGUAUGGCAAAAUCAUCGAUUUCAACAAAAUUUUGCAGCAAAAUGUAGAAGAGCUUCGCCACGAGCCGCUGGAAGUGUACGAGCUGAAGCGGCUGGAGGAGCGGUACCAGGUUUGCUACGACGAGUUGCCCGCCAAGGAGCAGGAAAUCGCUAUCAUCUUGAAGUACUUUGUGGUGCUGGAAAAAUACGUCGCCGAUCUGCUGCCGGAAGCGUACGCGCUGCGCCACAACAUCGACCAGAUCUGGGCCCAGUACCGGGCCGAUCUGAAGGCGAUCCGGGAGCAGAUCGAAAACUACCAGGAUCAGUUCAAGCUGUCGAUGACCGGGGCGGCCGACGCGCUCAAGGUGGACGCACUGGAGAUGCUCAAGAUGCUGCGCGAAGAGAUGUCCACCGCGGAGGACUCGACUCCGGACGAAGCGUUCGAAGCAAUUGACCGUUUAAUGAUGCAAUUGGAAGAGUUAGAACGCCGCGAGCGCGAGAUCGAGGAGCGGAUGCGGUUGCUCGGUGUCGAUUAUGUGCGGUUGCCUGCUUUACAAGAAAUUCGCUCAAAACUAGAAAAUCUGCGCCAGGUGUGGAUGCUGGUGAAGGAGUGGCGUAUCGAGCGGGAUCGUAUCAUGGCCGAAACCUAUAGCACCGCGGACGAGAUCGAUCUGCACAUGCUGUCGGGCCACUUUCGGCAAGCGUACGCACUGUUAGCGGACGGCCCCAUCAGCCAAGAAGAGUUCGAUGUGUUCCACCGGGUGGGAGCAGAAAUCGCCCACUUCUGCACGACGGUUACGAUCGUGUGCACGAUGCGCGCCUCCUUCAUGCAGGAGCGCCACUGGCAGAAGGUGAAGGAAAUUGCGAUGUGCGAAGAUGCCCCAGAGCUACCGGGCGUACAGUGCAGCUUCCAGACGAUGACCGCGCUGGCACUGUACAGCUACGAGGAACCGCUCCUGGACCUGUGCUACGCCGCCCGCAAAGAGCACGAGGUAGAGCUCGACCUCGAAGCGGUUGCGUUGCGUGUCCGCGCAAUUGAAUUCAACAUCCGGCAGCCAGCGGGCGGUGGUGGCUUUCUGGAACUGCGCAACCCGGCCACCCACUUCCGAACGCUGGCGGACAACGUCGGGAUCAUAAAUCGCUUGCGCCGAUCGCCCCAUCGCCAUCCGUACCAGGCGCUGAUCGAUUACUGGGAGCACACGGUCGGCCUGCUGGACGAGAUGCUCGAGAUCGUCGUGCGCAUGGUGGCCGAGUGUCGAACGCUGCACGAGCUGCACCGGAUCAGCCGCGGCACAGCGCCCGGCUCGAAGCUGGACGCGUUCAACGAUGGGUUUCGCGCCGCCUUUGCGCAGUGGUGUGAACUGAUGCGCUACCUCUCGACGGCCCGGCUGGUGGAGGACGUGUGCCCGGUGGGGCAAGAAUUUAUUGCCGAGCUGGAGUCGGUCCGCAAGCGGCUCAACCAGCAGGCGGACACGCUGGGUGAGGUGUUGCGCGAGCAGCGUGCCGUUUUCCCGCGCUUUUACCUGCUUUCCGACCGGCAGCUGAUCGGGCUGAUCGCUGCGCCGCUCAAGUACGCCCAGCUGGAGCAAUCGUUGCCGCUGCUGUAUGAAAACGUAGCCCGGUUUCAUCUGCUCGAUCGGGGCAAGGCGGUCCCGCCGGGCGUGGUGGGAGUGUACACCGGGGAUGACGAGUACAUCUCGUUCGUUGGAUCGUCCCCGCUGCCCGAUGCACGGCCCGGGCCGGAUGGUGUGGCUGAGCUCAUGAACCAGCUCGAAUGUCACAUUCGCGAUGCGAUGCGUGAUUUAUUGUGGAGCUGCCACACCGCCCUACGGAGGAGCUACUUCAAGCGGGUCGAGACGGGCUGGCUGCGCAGCUGGCCGCUGCAGCUGUGCCUGAAGAGUGUCGAGCUGCAGCAAACGCUGCAUACCAGGAAUGCCUUGGUGCAGUGCAGUCUACUCGGCACCAAGAAACCGUUGAAAAUGUUGCGCGCGCUACACACAAAGGUAUGUAGCGGUGGUGUCCUGCUGUCGGUUUUCAAUCUGCAACGUCGUUUGAUGUGUUUUAGCAUCGGGGGAUAUAAAUUUCACGAUCAACUGACGGCUUCGGCACGCACGUGCAGCGAACGCUGGCAGUGCAAGAAGCUGUACGAUCUGUUAAUUCUCGAGCUAAACGCAAGAGAUCUGAUUGAACGGCUGUGCCGCCGGAAGGAGCUCCACGGGCUGGAAACGUUCGAGUGGGUAUGCCAGCUGCACUCGCACUGCCAUCCGCCGGGUCGAAAAUGCGUGAUCCAGCUGUUUGACACCCGCUUUGCCUACGGGUACGAAUGCAAACGCUCCACCGAACCGAUGCUGCUCACACCAGUAAGCGAGCGGGCCCGAAUGGCCACGGUAUGUGCGCUAAAAUUACGCCAAAUUCCCCUCCUGCUCGGCACUUCCGGUGGAUGCUGCGGCCGGCAGGUGCUACUGGAGAGUUUGGCCCACUCGGUCGGUGUGUUUCUGCUGACGCUAGAGUGCGAUACGAGCUCCACCCCAGAGGACAUGAUGCGCAUGGUGCGUGGCGUGAAAAUGGUCGGAGGAUGUCCGUAUUUUGCCGAGGGAGGGAUGUUUUCACUGCGGCAACUAAAACGUGUCGUCGAGGCCGGGCGGCUUGUGCAACAAACGUCAGCGGCCGAUGUAAACAAACCCGAUGAGCUGUCAGUGCGUGACUGGAGCGAGGAGAAGCGAGCGUUCCUGGCUGCGUUCUGCAACACUUACCAGGGUUAUUUUUCUGAGGUGGAAAUGCGGAACUGCCAUCGUAAUUUAGUGCUUGUUUUCGGCGCAUUCGAUCCACCAACACAAAGCAACGAAGAUGAGCUGAAAGAGGUUGUGCAAAAUCAGGCAAAAGCAAUGCAUUUCAAGCUUUCAGACGGUAUGAUUGACAAGGUACUGCUGCUCCAUCAGGCCCUUCUCGCCGACGGACGCCCGAUAGUGGUGACGGGAGCGGCCGGUACGGGCAAAAGUGCCUGCAUCGGUAUCGCCCUUGGCAUAUUGAAGCCCGCCUACGAACCGACCCGCAUCCUCCCGGCUACUCUCCGCCAUUCCUCCCACCCGGCCGCAUUCGAUCGCGGCUGGCUGGACAGCGUCAUCGGGGCGUGCCUGCAUCCGCCGCCCGGCUCGGAAGAGUGCACCGCUGGUAGAAAGUGUUUGAUAUUCGAUGCCGUGCCGUGCGGCGAAUGGAUCGAUUGCGUCGCCCAGCUGGCACUCCAGUCCGGGCACUAUAUGGGCUGCGAUUUUACUCCGAUUAGUGCGGCGUCGGACGGCCCUGACCGUGGCGUGAAAGUGAUCGUCGAGUGCGUCGGGCCGCUCGAUAGCGUAACGCCCUCGUUGGUGUCACAUUUCUCCCUCGUGCACCUCGGUGCCGACGAUCUCUGCUGGCCCGCGCUGGUGCACGUUUGGCUGGAGCAGAAGGGCGAGCUGAUGCUGCGCCAGCGAUUGCAGACGCUGGUGGAGAAGUAUAUGGAGGGGCUGCUCUCCUUCCGCCGGUCCGAGUGUCGGACGGUGGCGAACAUCGGCGACGUGUCGGUGGUGCGUACAUUCUGUCAGCUGUGUGAUAGUUUGCUUGCACCAUUCGAUACGAGCAAAAUAUUCCGCCCGCAGACGGGCGAAGAGCGGCUCGAGCGGUGGUCGGAAGCGCUGGGGAAGGUGUUCUUUUUCUGUGCCGUUUGGUCCAUCGCCGGCUCGCUGGAUGAUGCUGAUGGUAGCCGGGGUAAAUAUGAUCUGUUUUUGCGCGAGCAGCAUCCCGAGGCGGGUUAUCCGUUGAAGGAGAACGUUUACCAGUUCUACGUUGAACUUCCGGAGGGCGCGUGGCGACCGUGGGAGACAAAGCUGCCGGCCGAGCUGUCGGUGAACGGUGCAGUAGGCGAACGCAUUUAUCGGAGUGCUCACACGAUCGCUCAUGAAUUUCUCGUGCGUGCCCUGAUGCGGAAUGGUGCACCCGUGCUGCUCGCAAGCGAAACGUCCGUUGGAAAGUCCGCCCUAGUAAAAGCCAUUUUAACCGAGCUCGACCCCGCACACUGGUCCUCGAUGCGGAUCGUUCUAACGCAACGCACCACAAUACGCCAGCUACGCAAUCGACUGCGCUGCCACGCGCUAAAAGUCAUGAAAGCUCGCCUCUAUCCGGCAGACCGCAAACAAAUGGUCUGCUUUUUCGACGAUCUGCACACGACCGCUUCAAACCCGUACGCGGUGGAUGAGUUUACGCGUGGCUUUUGCGAUACGGGCGAAUGGCAUGAACCGGGCGGCAGCACCUCGAUGCGCAUCGAGCAGUGUCAAACGGUGCUCGCCAUGCGGCUGCACCAUUGUCACACGCCAACCCAACCCGUCAUGCAAAGUUUGCUCAACAAAUGUCAUCUACUGAUCAUGACACCGGCGGGCGACGAGCAGCUCGGGCAAAUCUUCACCGAUAUGAUACGGACCACCGUGCCGGCGCAACAGCAACAGCCAGGCGCUGCCGUGCUCAGGCUGCUGGCGCCAGCGACGGUAGACUUUGUCGGGCGCCUCACGCGACGACUUCCGCCCACGCCGGCCCGGCUGCGCUACCAGUUUUCGCUCGAGACAAUCGCCUCCAUAGUGCGGGCGGUGUGCCAUUGUCUCGGCGAUGCCGUUGCCCCGGACGCUUAUCUCGCGGAGAAGGCGACGCUGCUUCGGCUGUGGAUACACGAGUGCUACCGAGAAACGUGGGACCGGCUGGAGCGGACGGAUCACAGACGGUACUACGAGCUGCUGAACGAAACCGUGUCGGGCCACUACGAGGUAACGCUGCACGGUCUCUGCCCGAACAAUCAGAGCCCAAUCUUCACCGAUCUGUUGUCGCGGACCGAAACUCCAACCGCGAAUCCGUACGAGGACGUGCGGGAUAUUAAUCAAUUGAUACUUCGAACCGAGGAGCGCUGGGCUGAAGUUUCGGACGAUUCCACGAAAAACCUCCUCAUCCACCGAGAAGCCAUAGAACACGCGACGAAAGUGCUGCGCAAUGUGCGGCUCGGGCGCAUCGGCUCGAUGCUGAUGGGUCUUCCCGGUGGCGGUCGGACGGUGGUUUGCCAGCUCGCAGCCCGGCUCGCAGUGCACAGGCCGAUCACGUACCAUCGGAUGAGCGUAACGGCACGGGAUGGGCCGGAAACGGUUGAGAGCGAAUUUUUGAACCUGUUCCAAGUGUGUCUGGGCGUACAGCAGCAGCAGGGUUGUGUGCUGGCACUGGUCAAUCUGGACGACAUUGUAGAGGCAGAACCGAACGAACGGCUGAUGGAGCUGCUCGGCGGCAUAAUGGGCGGUGAAGAGCUGGGCGUGCUUUUUUGCGAAAACAGUCCCGUCGGGCAACCAAAUGGAACCCAAAACAAGACGGGCGAAGGCACGGAAGACACGGCAAACACGCCGGACUGGCGGAAAGUACGCGCCAAUUUACACCUUGUCCUGUGCUUACCCUUGGAAGUAGGCGCUUUUAGAAUCGUUCUCCAGCGGUAUCCGUCGCUGGCGCGCGAGCUAACCGUGGACUGCAUGCACGACUGGCCAGAGGCGUCACUGCUGGAGAUUUCCAAGAAGUACCUGCUCAGGAACGUACCGCUCGAUGUGCCCAUCCAGGGCGCGGAUGGUACAGUCAAGAAGGCCCGCCGGAGAGAAAGCUUGGUACAGAGCACCGAGGAGCGGCUUCAGAUUGCGACGCAUGAUUUAUUGUUUCGCAUACAUUACGCCGUCCAGGUGGAGGCGACAUUGGCGACUGCCGCUAAGCGAAAUAUAAUUGCACCCUGCAGCUGGUAUUUCGAGCUGCUCGAUACAUUCCAAAGAGUGUUGCGUGAGAAGCGGCUCGAACUGCAGGCCCUGCAUCGGAAGUUCCGCAUCGGCAUCGAACGCAUCGAGGACGCAACGGUUAAGGUGGCCAAUCUGUCCACCGAGCUGCAGGAGCGGCAGCGCGAGAUAGCCCUGUUCCAGGUGCAGCUGGACGAGUUUCUCGAGCAGAUCGAGCAGCAAACGCGGGAAGCGGACGAGCAGACGGAGGAGGUGUCGGUCAAGCGCGUCAAGAUCGGCGCGGAGGAGAUUGUGUGCAAGCAGCUGGCGGAGGUGGCGGGGGCCGAUUUGCAGCGCGCCAUGCCGGCGCUGAACGCGGCCGUCGCGGCCCUCGAUUCGCUCAACAAGAAGGACAUGAACGAGAUCAAAUCGUACAGCCGGCCGCCGACGAAGGUGGAGCUGGUGAUGGAGGCGGUGAUGAUACUGCUCGGCAAGGAGCCGACCUGGGCGGAGUCGAAGCGGCAGCUCGGGGAGCAAAAGUUCCUCGACACGCUGAAGGGCUUCGAUCGGAACAACAUCGCCGAGCGGACGCUCAAAACGAUCAGCGGGUACGUGAAAAACCCCGACCUGGAACCGGACAAGGUCGGUACCGUUUCGAAGGCGGCCAAAUCGCUGAUGCUGUGGGUGCGGGCGAUCGACAACUAUGGCAAGGUUUACAAAUUCGUUGGACCAAAGAUACGCAAAAUGGAGGAAGCCAACGCGUCGCUGCUGGAGAAGCAAAACGAACUCGCGGCGGCCGAACGCAAGCUGAUCGAGCUGGCGGAAAAGUUGGCCCAGCUGCGGGCGGAGUACGAGGCCAAGAUUGCGGAAAAGUUGCAGCUCGAAGAGACCGCCCGCCAGAUGGCACUGAAGCUGGAGCGGGCUCGCAACCUGGUGGACAAUCUGGCCGGCGAACGGACCCGCUGGCUUGCGACCAAGAACGAGCUGGAAGGCAGCUACGCAAGUCUGAUCGGUGACACACUGCUAGCCGCUGGCUUUCUCACCUAUCUGGGUCCUGUAAACAUUGAAACACGUGCCAGCUUCCUAUCCCAAUGGUUGAUUGAUCUCGAGACGACGGAAAUGCCCUUCACCCAGCGCUUUUCGCUGCGAUCUUUCUUUUACGAUCCCGGCGUGCUGAUCCGGUGGCACGAAAAUGGGCUGCCGCCGGAUGAUUUUUCGGCGGAAAAUGCAACCAUUUUGAUGAAAAGUACGCGCGUCGCGUUGAUCGUUGAUCCGCAGGAGGAGGCCCAGAAGUGGCUGCUGGCGGAGCUGGCGGGGCACGUUCAGUUGGUUGAUUUCGAUGAUGAAAUCUGUGAAUCGACGCUGGUGGAAACGUUCGAGCAGCACACGCCACUGAUGGUGGAAAAUGUUAACCGAAGGAAUGUGAGCCAGCUGGAUGAGUUGUUCACGCUGCGAGACACGGUGACGGCGACUUGUGGAACGUGCCGUGAGAAGGCUCAAAAGAAGGGCGACGAAGCGGCACAUCCAUUGUAUCUGGUUGGGCAGGAGUCGGUGCGGAUGUCGGGAGCUUUGGUAAAGCGCGUCAAUCAGCUGAGCUUCGUGCUGGGAGCGGAAGGGCUGGAGAUGAAAAUGCUCGGCCUGCUAGUACAAAGCGAAAAUCCCUCCCUUGAAGAGCGAAAAGAACUGCUCCAGCAAACGAUUCUUCAAAACAAGCAAACGCUCGUCGAUCUGGAGGAACAGAUACUACGCAUCUUGAACGAAAGCAAGGUACCACUGCUCGAGGACGAAGAGCUGUAUCAGGUGCUGCAAAGCUCGCGCGCGACAUUCGAAACCGUCUCGAGUGGGCUGCAGCAGGCGGAACAGACCCGCAUCGAGAUCGAAACGUCCCGCGAAGUCUAUCGAUCCUGUGCGUCCCGUUCCGCGCUGCUCUUUCUCGUCCUUGGCGAUCUGCAGCUAUUUAAUCCACUGUAUCGCUACUCGCUCGAGUGGUAUCAGGCACUGUUUUCGCUGUCCCUGGAGAAAAGUGGGCGCGUACAGCAGGUUGCGGAGCGAAAGCGACGAAUCGAUGACUAUCACACAUUCAACGUGUUUCGCAUUGUAUCUCGCGGAUUGUUCGAAAAUGAUCGAAAGCUGUUUGCGUUCUACCUGUGCGUUCGGUUACUCUUUGCCGAUGAAGCGCUCAGUCCAAGAGAGUUUCGCUUUCUGGUAUACGGAGCAGGCAAAAUUGAUCGCCAGGAGCAGAUGGAAAAUCCGUGCCGCAGCUGGCUGUCCGAUCUGCACUGGGAUCAGCUGACCGACCUGGACCGACUGCCCGGCUUUCACGGCAUAGUGGAAUCAUUCGCCGAACUGCCAGAAGACUGGAAACAGUGGUACCUGUCAUCACUGCCGGAAGUGUCACCCCUGCCCGGCAAUUGGGAGAUAAAUUUGAAAAAGUUCCAAAAGUAUCUUAUCGUGCGUAGCUUGCGGUUGGAUCGCAUCGAAAGCUGCAUGAACGAUUUCACCCGGGACACGCUGGGCCUGAAGUACGUCAGCGUCCCGGUGGGCACGCUGGAGGACGCAUUCCAGGAGUCUUCCGCCCACAGUCUGAUACUGCUGCUCGUGCGGGGCAGCUCCAAUCCGCUGGCAAAGCUCGAACGACUGGCAAGGAAAGUGAACGGUGCAGGCUCGUCGCAGGACGGUGGCAAGAAGUGUUUCGAAACGUUGGCCAUAACGGAGGAUCGGAUGGAGGCGUUCGUUGGGCUGCUGCAGCGAUGCGUUAGCGACGAGUCUUGGCUGUACGUAAGCGAUUGCCAGCUGGCGGAAACGUUCCUGAAGCAACUGCCCCACGUGAUGGCGUUCCUGAAGCGCACCAAUCCCAACUCCAAGUUCCGCCUUUGGCUCAGCUCCAAGCCGCACGAGGCGCUGCCGCUGUCGGUGCUGCAAAACUGCAUCAAAUUAGCAUACGAAGAGCCGAAGGGCAUCAAGCAUCAUAUGGGCAAUCUGUACGACGAGAUCGGAGAGGCACGGUUCAAACAGGCCACGGCGGCGAUGAAGCAAAGCACCACCAAAAGCUCCUCCACCGAGGCACACUACAAGCGUCUGCUGUUUGCGAUGGCGUUCCUGCACGGGCUGCUGCUCGAACGGAACAACUUUCAGCAGCUCGGCUGGCUCGAACCGUACCAUUUUGUCAACAAUGAUUUUUGCCUUGCGGAAAGUUUGCUUGCGUACGGGCUGGAGAAGCUGCUCGUGAAGAAAGCGGUCGAUCCAAGGCUUCAGCGCGGCCGCCAGGGUGGUCGUGGCGAUGGGAACGGUGACGUUAGCAUCGAGGACAAUUUUCAUGGUUUGGAUUUGGAGGACGAGCAGCAAGAGCACGAUGCAACGCCCUGGCAGUUUUUAAAGGGUGCCGCCCUGGAGCUCUGCUACGGUGCACAAAUCGCAUCGUGCUGGGACCGGCGCAUCUACGAGAUCUACGCAGAGGAGCUGCUCCAGCCGCAACUCUUAAGGCCGACGUUGACGACGGCCGCCGCUCCCGCAGCAACGUCGCUCGGGCGCGGAUGGUUCCGGUUGCCGCGGGACGGCCUGUACCAGACGUACGCGGAGUUCAUCGCCACCCAGCUGCCCGACCGCGACGGCAUCGAUGUCUUUGGCCAGCACGAGAACGCAAACAUUAAAUAUUUGAAAUCACGCUCCGACUACAUGCUGCAGAUGCUAACCAGAGUGGGACAGGACCCAUCACAGCAGCAGCAACAGCAGCAGCAGCAGCAGCCAUCUCACGUUGGACAGGAUCAUGAGCGCACGAAGCAAACAGUCUCGGACCUCUUAUCGUCACUUCCUGUUUACCUGGACUACGAGAACGCGCUCCGCAUUGUGGGUGCCGGUGCAAACAGUACGCCCGUGUGCGAGGCCCUGCUGGCCGAGGUGCGCACCUACAAUGCCAUCCUUGGCCGCAUCAAAUCGGACUGUGACUGUCUGGUCCGGAUGCUGACGGGUGCAACGAACGAGCUGCUGGACGAAUCGAGCGGUCGCUGGAGCGUGCUGCUUGCCGCCCUCCAACAGAACACGGUCCCGAAACGGUGGGCCGAGGGUGGCGCACAGGAAACGCGCCCGUGCGUACGAACCAUUCGGUUAUCGCUUGCCGAUUGGAUGCUGCAGCUCCGGGAGCGGGUGCGCUACCUGCGCCGCUGGACCGAAACGGGCCAGCUUCCGGCUGAGAUUGUGCUUGGACGCUUCAACGAUCCAAGGCGCUUCCUGAACGGGGUGCUACAGCAUCAUGCACAAGUGUACCGUGUUCCGUUCGAAGAUCUCCGCUGGGAUGUGACGAUCUUUAACACGAACAAACCGCUGGAACGUAUUGCGAUUCAGGAUGGCUUCAUUGCGUGGGGUUUGCUGCUGGAAAACGGGAGCUGGGACUGGGAAAAGCAAACACUGGCCGUGCCGGAUAUACUGGAGAUGACGUGCCCGAUGCCACCGGUCGCCUUCCGUCCCGUGCGACGUGCUGGCAGUGUUGCAAUGGGAGCGGCCGAAACGUUCGCUCCCUACCAAUGUCCAGUGUUUUACAGUUCCGAGCGCAGUGAAGAUUCCUUCGUUCUUUGCCUUCCACUGCCGGUCGGGGAGCAACGGGAUGAACAGGGCUGGAACAUGUUCAAUACGGCACUGCUGCUGAACGAUUAGAACCAUUUUUGUUGGGUUGUGUAGAGAGCGAAAACACAGGCUUUGGUUAUGAUGUUGUGCGAUUUAAAUGUUGAUUUAUUUAAAAAUUAAUUCAUUACAAAAAAAAUCGAAACGCGUUUACAGCUAGUUCCGAUCGGAAACACGCGCUUUUUCUGUCGUAACGGGCUUUCCCAUUGGCCUGCUUGGGCGUAUGUGUGUGUGUACGAUUGUGUAUGAUUAAUGAGCUUGUUUGGGCAGCAGCUUGUUAGGGGCGGCGAUGGAUUUCCUAGAGCCCCGUACCCCGAUGCUGCGCGGCGCAAUACCGGUGGCAAACAAAGAGGAUGCAUCAAGUAUUUCGCAGAUUCUUACGAGAUAUACGUACUGGUAAAAGUAUAAGUGUAGUAAUACUAUCAAUCUUAAGUGACUAGCAUCUAUGCUUAAUGUGUAAUGUGAAGCGACGGCGGUAAAACGUGCGCAUACCUUCGUUCCUGUCGCACCGUUAUUCUGUUUCUGUUCUUGCACUUGCCAUUUUAUGCUACGUCGAGCGCCGUAUCCGCUCGCUGGAGUCGUACCACUAUUAUAGAUAUAUUUAUACUGUUUGCCAUCGAUUAUCCGAAGGGACGUUGGAGAGAGGCUUUGCAAUGUAAGAUUGGACUGCGGGAGGCAGGAGGGCGUACAUUUGGAAUAAGCUCGAUGCAGUUUGUCGAUGCGAAGUUAGCACAGGUCCCAACUUGGUCGCCAGUUGGGGCCCCAUCAUAAUGCGAGCAACAGAAUUAAAUAGAAGGAUGGAAGAUGAUAGACACGGGAAAAACGAUGAACUCUUUUACAAAAACACACACACACACACUAUCUCUCUUUUUGCUCGCUUCCCUAAUCUGGCUGCUUCCUGCUUAUAUGUACAACAUACUCAUCUAAAACACGGCUAACAGGCUAAA